CUUGUCGGAAGAGAGAAUCUCGCUGGGUACAUUAAACGUGGCGCUUAAUUAUUAAUUAAGCAAGAUUACAAGAAUGAUUUUCAGCAGUAUAUUAUAAAGAUAGAUUAUAUAAUUGUUUUUAGCUUGACAACAAAACAUGUAUCGAUCCUCGUUAACAGCUAGAAGAUUGUCUGCACGACACAUCCCAGGACAAGUGGAUUUAGUAUUUGUUAUGAGCUGCACGGAAUCAAUGAGAUAUAUUAUCAGAGAGACAGCGGGAAUUGUACGUCGUGUUGCACAAAGUCAAAGAUUAGCUUCAAGUUCUUCAAGUGCUAUAUACGAUAUUCGUUUUGCGUUAGUAAAAUAUCGGGGUGAUGAUGGUGAUCCUCUCCAAGGGCCACGCAACAAUCACGUCUUUGGAUUUUAUAAUUUUUCGGGAUCUUCGCAAGACUGGUUUCAUUCAAUGAUUUGUGAGGGUAAUAACUCACCCUUUGCAAUGGCUGAUGGCUUGAAUAUGGUUCUUAGGUUGCAAUUCCGCCCAACCGCAACAAAGAUAUGUUUCUGGAUUGGGGACUGGAAUCUACAAGGCAAUCAAGGUCUUUCCGAGAUAUGUCACCGAAUGGCGGCCAAGGGUAUUGUCUUACACUGCAUUGGAUGUAACCAACCGAAUAACCAGAGUGCAGAGAGUACCUUUGACUUUAUGGGAGUUACAGGUGGUCUUUACACCCCUGUGCAACGAAUAAGACAUAUUACAAGGGUUAUCGUGUGCUUUGUUCAGGAAGAGGUUCAUAUAGAAAACCUAAUCGGCCAUGUGGAAGAUCACAUCGAGUUAGAACGUCGAUUCAACCCUAAUGCGACUGACAGUGAACUGGAAGAAAGCCUUAACGCAGCCGCCGAACCAAGGAAUAACCCGGAACAAAAUGGGAGGCCGCAUAACCAACAAAAUUCACAGGUGUAUACUACCUAUUCGAUCACAUUUCCGCAAACAAUUUCUGAGUUGAAAAAUGAGCAAAUAGAAAAGAAAGGAAAUUGGCCGCUUAUGCGCAAGAGGUUGAUAAGCAGAACAUUGGCUCAAGGACUUGCAUGUCGUCGCAGCGUAGACCUUCAUGAAAGGUUUGUGCUGUUUGCGGACGUAGCAUGUUCAUGACUGGCCAACUGGCUGUACUGGUUUUUUAAAAACGUGCUUUGCGCGCGAGAUAUGUGGUACCGCAGACUACCUCUAAAAGAAUCCAUACAGGUGACAUUUGUACCUACCAUAUGGCCAUACCGGCUUUAAUUGGUCUGUCAGAAUCGCGUAAAAGUUACUAUGAUUUUUCCCACCGCAUCCUUCAAGCUUUUUAUAACUCAAAACUGUAAAUUUGAAUAUAAUUAUGACGAUACGUUUUUUUUAUUAAAAUAAUACACUUUUUUCAUAGAGCUUCAUGGUCAAUAUUGCCACAAGGAUCAACACCGCUUUUUAUCACAUCAGC